GAACCAGAUUGAUAGAGGAGGAGUUGGUAUAAAUUCGGUGCCUAAGGAUAUGGAGAUGGGGAAAGAGGGUACCUCAAGAAAAAGGUUCAGAAAGAGGACAGAAAUCAAAGAGGAUGCUGAUUCUGAUUCUCAAGAUGAAAGGUUAGUUAGAAGUCAGAUUUGCAAGGAUAGAAGUGAUGGCUCUGACAUGGAAGAGGAAGAAAGAAUUCGUGAUCGAAGGGAGAGGGAGUUGGAGAAGAAUUAUAAAGAAAGGGAUGCAGCACGGACUAGAGAGUUGGCUGCAGUGCACAAGUCAACAAGGAAGGAGGGAAAUGGGGCAGUUCAGGGGUCUAAUGCUGUUAAGAUGGAUCACAUUAUGAUGCUAAGGGAAGUUUCGAGGCAAAAGUAUUUGAAGAAAAGGGAGCAAGAUAAAGUAGAGGAACUUGGAGAUGAUAUUCAAGAUGAGCAGUAUUUAUUUGAGGGCUUAAAACUCACAGAAGCAGAGCAUUGCGAUCUUAGAUAUAAGAAAGAAUUGUAUGGGCUUGUUAAGAAGAGUUCUGAAGAGGCAGAUAGUGUAAAAGAGUACAGGAUGCCAGAAUCCUACGAUCAGGAAGGGAGUAUAAAUCAGGACAAGAGAUUUUCUGCCGCUUCCAAGUGCCACAGGGAUCCUAAUGCUGAAAAUACGGGGAAGCCCUUUGCUGAGCAAGAAGCAUGGGAACAAAAUCAAAGGGGGAAGGCAAUUCUCAAGUUUGGGUCAAGAGAUAGAAAACAAAGAGGUGAUGAAUAUGAGUUUGUAUUUGAUAACCAGAUUGAAUUCAUAAAGGCAGCAGUUAUGGAUAGCAUGAAUGAUGAACAAGAAUCGGUUAUUGAGCCAACUGAAAAAUCUGGGGGCAGAUCAGCAUUUGACGUGCUUCAGGAGGAGCGAAAAGCUCUACCUAUUUAUCAGUAUAGAGAAGAAUUGCUUCAGGCUGUAAAUGAUCAUCAGGUUCUUGUUAUCGUCGGGGAGACGGGUUCUGGAAAGACAACCCAGAUUCCUCAAUAUCUCCACGAGGCAGGUUUCACAAAAGUUGGAAAGGUUGGGUGUACCCAGCCACGCCGAGUUGCGGCCAUGAGUGUUGCUGCUCGAGUUUCUCAGGAAAUGGGAGUCAAAGUCGGGCAUGAGGUUGGUUAUGCCAUUCGUUUUGAGGACUGUACUUCCAAGAAGACCGUUCUGAAGUACAUGACCGAUGGCAUGUUAUUGAGGGAGUUGCUUGGUGAACCUGCUCUUGCAAGCUACAGUGUCUUGAUGGUGGAUGAGGCUCAUGAGAGAACAUUAUCGACUGAUAUACUAUUUGGCUUGGUUAAGGACAUUGCUCGUUUUCGACCUGAUCUUAAGUUGCUCAUCUCAAGUGCCACACUAGAUGCUGAGAAGUUCAGUGAUUACUUUGAUUUUGCUCCAAUUUUCAAAAUACCUGGAAGGAGGUAUCCUGUUGACAUCCAUUUCACCAAAGCACCAGAGGCGGAUUACUUGGAUGCUGCAGUUGUCACUGCCUUACAAAUCCAUCUGACACAACCACCUGGGGAUGGUGAUAUAUUGAUUUUCUUAACUGGGCAGGAAGAAAUUGAAACUGUCGAGGAGAUCCUGAAGCAUAGGCUACAAGGUUUUGGAGCAAAAAUUGCAGAGCUGAUCAUAUGUCCAAUUUACGCAAACCUACGAACAGAGUUGCAGGCAAAAAUAUUCAAGCCCACUCCUCAAGGGGCACGCAAGUGUGUCCUGGCGACAAAUAUUGCUGAGACUUCAUUGACGAUUGAUGGGAUAAAGUAUGUUAUCGAUCCAGGAUUUUGCAAAAUGAAGUCUUACAAUCCCCGAACUGGGAUGGAGUCAUUAUUGGUUGCUCCUAUCUCAAAAGCAUCUGCAGAUCAACGGGCUGGUCGAUCUGGACGAACGGGUCCAGGAAAGUGCUUUAGACUGUACACUGCACACAUUUACUACAACGACUUGGAAGAUAAUACCGUCCCGGAGAUAAAAAGGAGCAACCUAUCAAAUGUUGUGCUUACUCUCAAGAGCCUCGGCAUUCAUAACUUGUUGAACUUCGACUUUAUGGAUCCACCAUCAACAGAAGCUUUAUUGAAAGCCCUGGAACUUCUUUAUGCACUAGGUGCGCUAAAUAAGCAUGGUGAGCUGACAAAGGUUGGUAGAAGAAUGGCAGAGUUCCCUCUUGAUCCAAUGCUUUCCAAGAUGAUCGUAGCUUCUGAAAAGUAUAAAUGCAGCGAGGAAAUCAUAUCUAUUGCAGCAAUGCUCUCUGUAGGAAAUUCAAUAUUUUAUCGUCCAAACAACAAAAAAGUUCUCGCUGAUAAUGCAAGGAUGUAUUUCCAUGUAGGGAAUUCCGGGGACCAUAUUGCAUUACUUAAUGUCUACAACUCUUGGAAGGAAACAGACUAUUCAACACAAUGGUGUCAUGAGAAUUUCAUACAAGUCAGAAGCAUGAGGCGUGCAAGAGAUAUAAGAGAUCAGUUGAAGAGGUUGUUGGAAAGAGUUGAAAUUGCCUUGACAUCAAAUCUCAAUGACUUAGAAGCUAUUAAGAAGGCCAUAACUUCUGGGUUUUUUCCUAAUUCAGCAGUCAUGCAAAAGAAUGGACUAUAUAGAACUGUAAAACUGCCCCAAACUGUAUAUAUCCACCCUAGUUCAGGCUUACUGCAAGCGCCUCCUAGCUGGGUAAUCUACCAUGAGUUGGUCUUGACGAGCAAGGAGUACAUGAGACAGGUGACUGAAUUAAAGCCAGAGUGGCUGGUGGAAAUAGCUCCCCACUAUUUUCAGUUGAAAGAUGUUGCCUAUCCUGAUUCAAAGAAAGCAGCCGUGUGAAGGGGUUGCACAUCCUACAAGUGAACAUUUACAUCCUUCUUGAACUGAAGAGAUGGAGUCGCCUAGCCAUCCAAUCCUUUGAUUAUUUAUUUUAUGAUAUGCAAAAUUAGGAUAUGAUUCAUUUUAAUUCCAUGGAAUUUACAUGUCUUUUGAUUAACUUUGCAGUGUCAUUCGAGAACUCUCCUCUUUCAUAUGAAGCAAAACAUGGCUACUAUGACAUUCCUUGAAGGCGCUUUUAUUUUUCUUCUAUUUGGUGUGAGGAAGAUUUUUUAUGGAGAUCAAAUGUAACAGAAUAUGAUAUUACGAUUGACUCAUAGAUGGUUUUCUGCUGUUCAGAAGCUGAUUUGGAAUUCUUGGUGUUCAAUAUUCCCUGAUGCAUAGCACUAGCAGUAGCAGAGAGUGCUUAGUCAUGCUCAGGGUCUGCGAUACUGGGUGCUUCGACAACGGCAACUAAAGCCUCCGCAGCACCAGGUUUUAUUUGAUCUCAUAACGUCAGCACAUAAAAAUCAGGUUCUGGAAUUACUUCAAUGUUUAUAGACUUCCCCCCUCCACCCCUCUCUUUCGUCGCUCUCAUUUUUUCACCUUAAAUCCAAGAUGCAACAGCAAAUUUUUCAGCAGAUUGAGAUUGUUAGACGUGACAAGUUUUUCUUUUCUGGACAGGGGACCAAGAUUUGUAAUUUCAUGAUUCAAAACUUCCCUGGAAAUGAAUGAGAUUCAGGGUGAGCAUCCCUUGAGCAGCUAAAUUUUGUAAUUUGAGAUAUGGCAAGCCACAGCAUGCAGCUGAAGUUGACACUCAAUGGUACAACAAAACUUGAUGGAUAUGUUAGCAGCUUUAGACUCAAAUUACAUGAAGAUGUGAUAGUUAUAUUUGCUUUGCUCUUUUGUUUGAAUGCAAAAACAGCUGGCGAAUCACCCAAUUUUGAAACACAACGAUAAUCAAUUGAAUUCCCAGUUUGCGUUGGCCAAGCCAA